CUCUCCCGAGACCCCUCUCCCACAUCCUCCUCUGGUACGACGAGGAGUUGAUCCGCGGCCGGACCGGCGACGAGCUGCCCAGGCGGAGGCGGCCGAGGCGGGCGGAGCGCAGGGCGGCGGUUGCCGGAGUUCGGAGCGCGGGGCGGAGGAGGCGGCGGCCGCCGGCGGAGCUCGGGGCGGCGCGGCGAUCUACACUGCUCUCGCCGGGAGUUUUUGAUCGGCACGAUGGCGAACAUCCGGGCGCUUCUCGCCGGGUUGGCGCGUGCCAGGGGUUCCUUGGUGGACAUCGGGCGAUCCGCCUCUUCUUCGAGGCCUUCAUAUCUAGCAUCAUUGAGUGGACACUACAAGGUUCCUGUAGAAAAUCGUUGGUUCUCCUCAACAGGGCUUCCUCCUCAUAUGGUGGUUGGGAUGCCAGCAUUAUCCCCUACUAUGAAUCAAGGUAAUAUUGCGAAAUGGAGAAAACAGGAAGGCGAAAAGAUAGAAGUUGGUGACGUGAUCUGUGAGAUAGAAACUGACAAAGCUACACUUGAGUUUGAGAGCCUCGAAGAGGGUUAUAUGGCCAAGAUCUUAGCACCAGAAGGUUCAAAGGAUGUUCAAGUUGGACAGCCCAUUGCUGUCACGGUUGAAGAGCUUGAGGAUAUUAAAAAUAUACCUGCUGAUGCAUCCUUUGGAGCAGAACAGAAAGAGCAGUCCACUGCAAGUGAAACACAAAAUGUUGGAACAAAUGCUUCAAAAGAGAGCUCAGUAAUAACUCGUAUAAGCCCGGCAGCAAAGUUGCUUAUCAAGGAGCAUCAUCUUGAUCAGUCUGCACUGAAAGCAACAGGUCCCCGUGGCACUCUUCUGAAAGGGGACGUUCUCGCUGCAUUGAAGUCCGGCGUUUCCUCAAGUGCAACCAAGGAAAAUAAUGUUCCAUCCGCACCAUCAUCUCAGCCAAGUCAUGAUUCUCGACCUCAAUCAGUCACCGCUCCACAAAAACACGACACAUACGAAGAUAUCCCCAACAGUCAGAUACGCAAGGUGAUUGCAAAAAGGUUGCUUGAAUCAAAACAGACCACUCCACAUUUAUAUUUAUCACAAGAUGUUAUACUGGAUCCCUUGCUCGCUUUCAGGAACGAACUAAAAGAGCAACAUGGGGUUAAAGUUUCAGUAAAUGACAUUGUCAUAAAAGCUGUUGCACUAGCCUUACGGAAUGUACCAGAAGCAAAUGCAUACUGGAACAAUGAGAAGGAACAAUCCCAGAAGUGUGAUUCGGUUGAUAUAUCUAUCGCGGUUGCUACAGAGAAGGGUCUGAUGACUCCUAUUAUAAGAAAUGCAGAUCAAAAGACCAUAUCAGCAAUAUCCUCAGAGGUUAAGCAGUUGGCUGAAAAGGCACGUGCUGGGAAGCUUGCCCCUAAUGAGUUUCAGGGAGGAACUUUCAGCAUAUCAAAUUUGGGAAUGUAUCCGGUGGACCAUUUCUGCGCAAUCAUUAAUCCUCCUCAGUCUGGAAUUCUUGCUGUUGGGCGUGGUAAUAAGGUUGUCGAGCCUGUGGUGGACACUGAUGGAACCAAGAAGGCUGCAGUGGUUACAAAAAUGAGCUUGACGUUGUCUGCUGACCAUCGUGUAUUUGAUGGUCAAGUAGGAGGCAAGUUUUUCACGGAGUUAUCACAGAAUUUCAGUGACAUUAGGAGACUGCUAUUGUAAAUGAAAGGUAGCACUAACCGUGCUUUCAAGAAUUCUGUUGGAGAAAGGUUGCCCAAGAAAAAAUAUUUUGCAUGCAGCUCGGAGCUUGGUUGCUUUACCACCAACCCACACAAAACUACAAAAAGUGUGUAAUUUUUUUAAUAAGGGUAAAUCGGCAUUUCCGGUGUUUUUUUUUCUUUCAUAUCCGGGGAUUAAUUUGCAGGUGCAGUGCCAUUUUGUGUUUAUGUGGUUCUGCAACAUUUAAUCUUUUGUUAGGUGGUCAGAAAGAUCUGGCAGAUGAUUCCGUUGUUUCCUGAGGAUUUCUGGCAGACGUAGCCUUCUCAAGCAUUUUUUAAUGAUUUCUGAUA